UCCAAGAGGGGUUGCGGCCCGGCGGGCAGCAGCCGCAGGAGAAUUGGAUGGCUGAGUGAGAGCUGGUUGUUCAGAAGAUCGUGGUUGAGGAUUACAACAUGUCUAAAGAAAUGCAAGAACUACAGAAGCAAUGGCACUUCAUCAUGCAGUCCAUCCACAGCAACUCAAAUGUUGUUGCGUUUAUGAAUUCUCGUGUUGGCCAAUAUCUAGAUGACCAUCCUUUUGUGGCCUUAUCACUCCUGAUGUUUAUUGUAGUGUCUGCUAUUCCCAUUGCAUUUUUCUUCAUUUUUGUUGUUACAACAGCCUUAAUGGCCUGUAUUGGUGUGAUAGUCAUGGAAGGUGUUGCAAUAGCCAUAGGUGGUAUAGCCCUUCUUUGUGUGCUGUGUGGCCUGGGUGCACUUUCACUGGGAGUUUCUGGAGUACUGAGCAUUUGCUACGUUUUUCUUUCAACUCUGGUCAACUACUGGUAUGCUUCCAGGGAUCACAUAAGGAAACAAGAAGCUAAUGGAAGUUUGUCACAGAGGAGUUCUUCUGUCUUGAAUUUGUCUGCCAAUAAUGGAAAGAAUGAAUAAGUUUUUAGAGGCACUUAACUGUGCUACUCCAACCUUUGUAAUUUGAUUGUUUACUUGUUGAGCAUUCAAUUUUUUUGCACUCCUUAUGGGAAGUGGGAAAAAAGAAAACAAACCAAACAACCCAUAUGCAUCUUGUGUGGUCAGUGUAAAACUAUUAAGAAUAACUAUUAAAGAGCAAUGCGUUGCAAUGUUAGAUUCAUGUGCAUGGUGGAGUGUUCCACAGGAACCAGUGAAAGGAUAUAAUAAAAACUGCUAAGUUGUUGGAAAGGAGGAGUAUGUAGGUAGUUGACUGCUUGCUUGUUACUGGAGUUCUGGAUGCAUUGUCUCCUGAAGUUUGUAUGCAGCAGUUGGUUGUUUUCAUACACAAAUCUCAAAGCUCAGAAAACCAGAAGUGUGUUUUGAAUGUUAAAACAUUUCUAAGCCUUAGCAGCCUUUGCUAAAAGAGCAUGAGCACAUCAUGCUAAUGUUUUGUAUUCAUUAUAUGAGGGAAAUUGGGGUUUAUCAUAUGUUAAGUUGUGGCAUAAGCUUUUAUAUGCCUUUAGAUGUUGUUUUAUGCUGAAGGGAUAUUUUCCUUGUAUUUGCCUUAACACAUCAGUGGCAUGCAGCUGGACCUUGCAUUUUGUCAUACUUGUUUAGUUAAGUUGCCUGUUUUGCUUGUUGGUUGUAACUUCUUGUGUGUUAUUUAAACUUUCCUCAUUUUUGCAAGUGCAGUAAUACUUCUAAACAUUAGAAAGUAUCUAACUAUAUUAAUUUAAU